AUGCGGGUCGCAAUUAUCGGAGCUGGGCCUGGGGGCCUGGCUGCCGCGAAAUAUCUUCUUGCAGAGAAAGCUUUCUCAAAGAUUACAAUAUUUGAACAGCGCGAUGAAGUAGGUGGAGUCUGGUGCUAUACUUCGCACAAUGCGGUAGAAGAGAAUUUCGCUAUUCCUCAUACAAAGCCCACAACCACACCGGAAAAACCCGUGUCCGCCAAGCAGACAAAUGGCGAUAUUAUUUUUCAAUCACCAGUCUACGAUCUGUUAGAGACGAAUAUUCCGCAUUCUUUGAUGGGUUAUUCCGAUUGGAAAUUUCCGGAAGGGACGUCUUUGUUCCCGUCGCAUCAAGCAGUGAAGCAAUAUCUUCAAGAUUAUGCGAAGGAGUUGUUAUCUUCUAUCGUGUUUCAUACGCAGGUUGUUGAUGUACGACUUCGAGAUGAGACGGCAGAGAGUGUGUGGAAGGUGUCUGUACAGAACCUCCGAACACAGCUCCGCUCCACGUAUGAAUUCGACGCUGUCGUUGUUGCUAGUGGCCACUAUAAUGAUCAUUAUAUUCCUGAUAUAGCCGGUCUACGAGAGUGGAAUAGGGCUUACCCGGAGUCUAUCUCCCAUUCAAAGCAUUAUAGACGUCCAGAGCAGUAUGCAGAUCAAAAAGUGGUCGUAGUUGGCAACUCUGCUUCAGGAAUCGAUGUUAGUGUACAAAUAGCUGCUGUUCUACAACAACCACUUCUGCUCUCGGCGAGAAGCGAGUCACCGCCAUAUCUGAGCGAUAAUCCUCAAAUCAAGAUUGUUCCAGAGAUCGUUGAAUUUAUCACCGCUGAUCGCGCAGUCCGAUUCGCAGAUGGCCACGUCGAGAAAGAUAUAGAUCAUGUCCUGUUCUGUACCGGGUAUCUCUAUACAUUCCCAUUCCUUUCUUCUUUAACGCCCCCUGUGGAAGUACCGAAUGGAAGUCGUCCCAACAACUUAUUUCAACACAUCUUCUACUACCCUCAACCGACAUUGACUUUCAUCGGACUGCCACUAAAAAUUAUUCCCUUCCCGCUUUCUGAAGCCCAGGCUGCGGUCAUAGCACGCGUGUACUCUGGCCGCUUGCCUCUGCCGGCAUUGGACGAAAUGAAGGCAUGGGAAACUGAUUGGAUUGCGAGACAUGGAGCGGACAAGAGUUUCAGUGUUCUCGGAUUCCCAGCGGAUGCAGAUUAUCUGAAUUAUCUUCAUCGUUGGAGUCUGCAGGCGACUAGAAAGGGUGGUUUAGAUAAUGACGGUCAAGGAAAGAUUCCUCCAGUAUGGGGAGAUGAGGAACAGUGGGUACGCAAAUUGACGCCUAUAAUCAAAGCUGCUUCGCAAGCUCUGGGAAGUAAGAGGAAGGAUAUACAGACGCUGGAAGAGCUUGGUUUCUCUUACGAUAAGGAUACAAAGUCGAAGAUAUAA